GCUUGUCGACAAACCGUAACGAGAUGUUGCUGCUAUCGGUAGCACUGCUUGCGAUCGUGCUGCUCCUCGGACUGCAGUACAUCUUCUCGUACUGGCAUCGCCACGGACUUCCCCACCUAAAGCCGGAGAUUCCCUACGGAAACCUGCGAUCCGUGGCCAAGCGCCAGCAAUCGCUGGGAGUCGCCAUCACCGAGCUGUACCGGCGCUCAACGGAACCACUUGUCGGGAUCUACCUGUUCUUCACGCCGGCGAUCUUGGUUCGCGAUGCCACGCUGGCCAAGCGGAUUUUGACUGUGGAUUUCGGAAGCUUCCAGGAUCGUGGAGUUUUGUACGACAAGAAGCGUGACCUGUUUUCGUGCAACAUGUUUGCGGCGCCGUUCAGCUCGUGGCGACCGGUUCGGAGCAAGUUGACGGCGGCGUUCAGUUUGAGUCAACUGCGGGGUAUGCUACCGACGGUGCUGGACGUUGGGGCGAAGUUGGAGGAUCGCUUGGGGGUUGCGGCGGAGAGUGGAGACGCUGUUGAUCUUAACGGUAUUUGUAUGCGUUACGUGGUGGACGUCAUUGCCGAGGUGCUCUUUGGCUUUAAAGCGGACUCUAUUGGCAACCCGGAACAUCCGUUCUACACCAUUGGUGGUAAGCUAAUACAGAAUACUGUGAUGAACAACGUUCGUACAUCCGGAACGUUCAUCUGUCCGGAUUUGCUGAAACUGUUGAGGGUUUCUUCGAUAUCGCGAAAAGUCUCCAACUUUAUGAUCAGCCUGGCGAGGCAGCAGAUGAAGUAUCGUGCGAAGAAUGACUUGGCUAGAAAGGAUUUCUUGCAGUUGCUGACUGAUCUUCAUCAAGAAGAUCUGUCACUUGAAGAGUGCGCAGCGAAUGUGAAUCUGUUCUACACUGCAGGUUCGGAAACCACCAAAGCUACAGUCAUCUACACUCUGCACGAGCUAGCUCAUCAUCCAAAGGUCAUGGGACGGCUUGUAGAAGAAGUUGAUGAAAGCCUCAAGCAAUCAGGUGGUGAGAUCAGCUACGAUCUUGUGAAGAGUAUGUCAUAUUUGGACCUGUGCAUGAAGGAAACCCUAAGAAAGUAUCCCGGACUGUUUUUCUUGAACCGGAAGUGCACCCACGACUAUCAGGUUCCCAACUCGCGGCUGGUCAUCAAGAAGGGCACCCAACUAGUCAUUCCGUUGAAGGCCUACGGCAUGGAUGAGCGGUACUUCCCGAAUCCGGAGAGCUACAUCCCCGAACGAUUUCUCGAGGAGACGAAAAAUUACGACGAGCACGCCUACGCACCGUUUGGAGAAGGACCGCGGAAGUGCAUAGCUCCUCGAAUGGGAAUUUUCGUCGCCAAAGUGACCUUGGUCAGGCUGCUGUCUAAGUUUCGGUUUGAGGCUACACAAGAGCUGAAGAUUGAGUUUGCCCCCUCGGUGGUUCCACUCGUUCCGAAGGAUGGAUGCGCGGCCAAUGUGUUUCUGUUCUACGCAGCAGGUGCGGAUACCACUACGGAUGCCAUCACCUACACGAUCCACGAGCUGACCCAUCGACCGGAUCUCAUGCAGAAGGUUCAAGCGGAGAUUGACGAUGCGCUUGAGAAGUCCAACGGUGAGAUCAACUACGAUGUGGUUCACGAAAUGAAACUUCUAGACAACUGCGUAAAGGAAACCCUCAGGAAAUACCCAUUUCCAAUCUUGAAUCGCGAAUGUACCCAGGACUAUCAGGUUCCAGACUCGAAACUGAUCAUCAGGAAGGGAACUCCGGUGAUCAUACCGCUGCAAGCGUACGGGAUGAGUGAGAAGUACUUCCCGGAACCGAAUCGAUACCUUCCCGAGCGAUUCGAUCCUUCCACAAAAAAUUACGACGAAAAGGCUUAUUUUCCAUUUGGAGAUGGUCCGCGGAAUUGUAUUGGUUCCCGGAUGGGCAGUGCCGUCUCAAAGAUCGGCAUCAUCAUGCUGCUUUCGAGGUUCAAUUUUGAGGCGACUCAAGGUGCGCAGAUAGACUUUGCUCGGGCCCAAAUUGCGCUGGCUCCGGAGAAUGGCAUUUCUCUUAAGAUAUCCAACAGGAUUAGUAACUUGAUGUAAGUUUUUUUCUUCUCAAACCUUAAAAAU